AUGGCCAACAGCGCCAAAGAGCUUGGACCUGAACAUCACGCUGAAGAAGCCGGAGCGUCAAAGCUCUGGUCUGUUUACGUCGAUGAGGCCGAGCGAUACGACAAAUCACUUGUUGCGAGCUGGAAGAGCGACAUGGAGGGAAUGUUGAUCUUCGCCGGUUUAUUCUCAGCCAGUUUGACUGCUUUCCUCAUCGAGAGCUACAAAACUCUUGCUCCAGACCCCGGAGACGCUACAGUUCAACUCUUAGAACAAAUUUUGGCAGUCUCUUCCGGCAAUUCCACGUCUACACCAACGUCUGCCAUUGUCCAAACGUUCAAACCAAGCCUAUCAUCGCUAGUUUGCAAUGCGCUUUGGUUCAUGAGUCUUGGAUUGAGUCUGUCAUGUGCUCUGGUGGCAACACUCCUCGAACAAUGGGCGCGCGACUUCUUGCAUCGAGCCAACACACGAUCAUCCCCCGUCGUCCGCGCACGAAUUUACUCUUACCUCUACUAUGGUCUCCGACGGUUCAAAAUGCAUGCAGUGGUAGAUAUUAUACCUUCUCUUCUACACGCCGCUCUCCUGUUCUUCUUUUGCGGCUUGGUCGUCUUUCUGAUUCCGGUGAACAAGAUAAUUGCGGGACUUGUUACUGGGAUUCUGGCCCUGGUUGCCGGCUUCUACGCAUUCUUAACCAUUCUGCCCUCAAUUCGAUUUGACUCUCCAUACCGAACUCCAUUGUCGAGUGCGGUAUGGGCGGUGCUUCAAGCUUUCUCGGGACUACGGGGUUGUAGAUCUGAUUCAGUAGAUCUAACGGACCAGAUCAUAAAAGCAACGUUAUUUUGGUCGUCACACUCACCCCCUCACAGACCAAAUUCACAGUCUGACUGCGGGAGACAAAAAAGCAACUUGAACACCCUUGUCGACAAUAUGAUUGGCCGCGCGAUCAUGCCCUCGGACAACCGUCAUAACCGAGACGUCUCCGCACUCUUGUGGACGGUGAGCUCUUUGUCAGAUGACGAUGAGCUGCAGACAUUCGUAGAAGCCAUCCCAGAUGUGAUGUGGGGCCAACACCGUCAGCAUCGUCGAAAUACCGCAUAUAUGACCAGCCUACGUGACUCUGAAGAAGCGAACUUGACUUCGCGGAUCGCCGAUUUGUGGCGAAGCUGCCAGGAAGGUCCAUUAUCCGUUGGCGCUAGCCAAAGACGUCAGGUUGCAUGUCUUAAAGCGGCUUGGGCACUCUGUACCAUACCCACCGCUCCCAGAUCCCUGUUGACGGCUCCCUACACGGUCCCUUUAAUCUUGGAUCAUUUUUUGUUCCCUAUUCCCAUGGUAUGGGAUUAUCCUUAUUUUGCGUCCCCGCUCUACGAUUCAGCGAAGGCCAUGAGGAGCUGGAGUGGUCUUGCUUGGCUAACGACCUACCUAAAGUAUUGCUCCAGCCAAUUGGUUACGGCAGCCCCUCGCUUUCCUUACUUGGCUCCAGUCCGUCGAUACCUCAUGGAUCCGUCUCAAACUCACGAGCGUGGCCUCAACGAAGCGGACUUUCAAAGGCUGGAACGCUCCGAGUCGACAAUCAAUCCUCAACAGUUCGACCAAGUCUCAAGAGAAAUUUGCACAUCCCUGGCCCGCCGCUUAUUUCUGACUUUGGAUCUUAUCUAUCCCCCCGAUUACAAAGCCGAUUUUUUGACCGACGACAACCUCACAGAAAUUGAAGCCGAAAUGAUCUUAGUAGAUCUUGACAACCUCGACUCAGACAAACCUCGCACUGGCAGGCGGGAAGCGCGGCCGUAUGAUGCAAGAAUAAUCCCUCGUAGUCUUAUUGAAUACCUCCUACCUCCACAUCAACUGGGCAAUGCAAGUGAUGACUUCAAAGUGUAUCUCGUCAAUGGUUCCGGCAGUCGUGUUAUUGGUCAAGACGUCACUUCUUCGUGGUUCAACAACGAGAUCGAUGCUGCCACCGUCAACGCUCUGCUUUCGUCGAACCCAGAUUACCAAUCUGGUGCCCCUCCGCGAACUGGCUUGACAACCGGUCCAAAACUCGCAACCGUCGUUGCUAUUCUUACUGAGUUCCUUGAACAAUGCGUCCCAGACAUAACUCAGAUGUAUGAACCCGUAGCAUCGCUACGGACUAUCCUCGACCUCCCGUCUACGCAUCUCCACCAGACACGUUUUGCUCGCGCAAUGCGAAAACUAACUGACGGCCUGAUGGAUCCCAGAGGACGAGAUUUAGUUCGUAUGGUGUUGCAAAGUCGUAUCUUUGACCCCUACCAGGGACAAGAGCGUUUCCAUUGGAUAAUCGAUGAUGAUGCACGACAAGACAUUCUCCAAGCUCAAUCCUACAGUCAGUCGACUCUCGACAAUCGUCCUAAACACUAG